UGGUUUGGCGGGUGUCUGCCCUGCCGAAGUUCAUUUAGUUGCCAGCCGGCGAAGAGUUCACAACGCGUCGAGUGUCCAACAAAAAAAGCGAGCAAGAUGCCCUCCCUAUGGCUGUUAAUCUCGACGCUGGCUUUGGUUAGCUGCCAGGACUAUCAUUACCACCGUCCACCGACUCCUUUCGUGGCGGAAACCUACCAUCAGCACCAGCAGCCUCAAGCCACCAAGUUCGUGGUGCAGACUCUGGGUCGCACCUACGGCUUGGAAACCCAAAGGGCACCGGCCAUCUAUGAGGAUCAUCAGACGCAUAUUGUCCAGGUAUACCAGCAGCGACAGGUGCCGCAGUAUCAUCAGGCUCCCCGCCAACAAUUGCACACUUCUAGCUACCAGAAUCCCCUGCUGGUGAGCACCAACUUCCAGUCUGGCACCGUGCCCUUUGCGCCUCCAGCUCCCGCUGCUCCUGCCCAGCCACUGACCAGCUAUGGGCCACCUCACCUGCAGCACCAGUCGCAGCCCCUGCAACCUCCACCCCAGACACCCAAUUACUUCCCCCAACAGCAGCAGCCACCUGCAAGCUAUCUGCCACCUCAGCAGCCUGCCCAGAAAUUGUUCUUCGGCAAUCCGUUUCCCUAUGCCCCUGUGACGACCGGCUCGGGGCAACAGGUGCUGGAUGCAGGACAUGGAUCAGGUGUGGCGCCCAAUGAGGUGCAGGCUCAGCUAUUGCAGGCCACCGGAGCUGCGCCACCACAAACUCGAGUGGGUAACCAGGUGGCUCAGUCGCAGAGCUCCUCUUUGGAUGCCUAUGACUACAAGCAGGGCACUCCCGGAGAAAAUCGAGAGUACCAGAGGUUCGUGACCAGCUGCCCGGGAGGUGGAGCCUGCCAGCAGAAGGAGCUCAAUCCCGGCGAGGUGGAUGAGAGCCACCAACGGGUGCUGCAGACGGUGCGGGCCAGUACACAGCCUCGAGUGGAGGGCUGCUACAAGAGCCAGGUGAUCUAUGUGCCAGCGGGAGCUGCUGUCAAUAGUCAGGGUCAGUUGCGACCAAAGAAUCGACGCACUUUCGAGCGCAAGGAGCAGGUCCUCUCCAGAUACCCUUACAACUAAAUGUCCUCUCUAAUCUCACUCACCGAAUUUCACAUCGAAUUUAUUAGUUGUUAUGCUUAGUUGUCAGUUCGUUGUUUGUUGUAAAUAAAUCGAUCACAGUUUAAAUUUUAAAUCA